AUGAGUGCUCGCUAUGUAAAAAUGAAAAUAGUGAUGCUGGGAGAAGGUCGCGUAGGGAAAACAUCAUUGCUUCAGCGUUUUAUUAACGAUUCCUUUGACGACGACUGCGAAUCAACAACGAAGGCAUCUAUGUACGCCAAUGUGAAAAUUAGCGUCUCCCAUGAUGUGACGGCAGAGCUCUCAAUAUGGGAUACGGCCGGACAGGAACGGUACCAUGCCUUAGGACCUAUAUACUAUCGUGACGCCCAUGGUGCCGUUCUCGUGUACGAUAUCACAGACUAUGAGAGUUUUUUGAAGGUAAAGGUAUGGCUGAAGGAACUUCAGCAAGUAGUUGGUAAUCAAAACAUAUCGGUCGUUAUUGUUGGGAAUAAAAUUGAUUUAGAACGUCAGCGCUGUGUUCCUCUUAAGGAGGCCGAGGAAUGGGCACAUCGUCAAAAUGCAAGACAUUACAGCGUUAGUGCAAAACUAGGACUUCAUGCAGUUGAACCAUUCGAGGGAAUAGCAGUCGAUGUGGCGACAAAGAUUGUCGAAACGGAUCAAACAUUACACCAAAUCACACGGAACAAGGUAGAUGGGAUGACAAUCAAAAUGCCUAUAGGCUUAGGCGCAUCUCCACCAAAAUCUCGUGGUGUUCGGGUGAAACUAGAUGAAGCUCCAGAAGAGGACAGAUCGGCUGUUGAGAGACACUGUGUCUGCUAA